CCAAGGGAACUCAUCGUAACUGACCGUGUCACUUAUUUUUAUACGUCACAAAACUGCAUAUUCGUGUUGUUUUUAAUAAAAAAUCACUGUUUUUAUCGGGGUGCCUUCCAAAUAAAUAUAAAAUUAGGCUGGUGCAUUUUGGAGCCAACACCCCGAAAAACCGCGAAGCCCAACUAAAACAGAGAGAAACUUGCUGAGGAAUUACAAAGCGUUUACUCCAACUAAUCUUGGGUUAACUCGACCAAAGUUUGGGCCAAGUUGUUGCCAACUAGUUUUACGGCGGCCCGUUAAUCGUCAUAUCAAAGAUCUAACUGAUGUUGCGGAUAAACUCUCCGAGCUUCGCACAAUGUUAAAGUGUUCGUAGUAUAGUAAAAUAUAAACUACUUAAAUAUGACUGCAAAUUGUAUACGUGUAGUGCCGGCGACGGCUGCCGUUGUUAUGGCUUUAAUUGUUUACGCAACGCUACAAGUAGCCUCGGUGGAGGGGAGGAACGAACCGCACAAAUUUACCGUGGACGAGUUAUUGUCUGCGCAUUUUGAAUACAAAGAAUCAGGAGACAUCGGAAUGGACCCUUGUAAAGCCGGAAACUUCCAAGGUGACAUUGCGAUCCCGGAUUCAGAUCUUUAUAAAACGGCGACUAGCCCUCCGGUCAAGAUCGACAAGUCCUUCCAAGAAGAAGUUGAACGACUGAAGAAGGAGGUUCUGCUCGAAGGUCUACAGGUCGAGGAGGAAGGUCUUCCGGAUAUAUUAAGGAAAAGGACAAAACAGCCCGUCCAACUAUCUCAAGACAAGAAGGGUUACAAUGACGCGGCACUUAUGAGUGAGUCACUACCAGAAGGAGUAGACAAGUCGCUUGUGCUCAAAAACGGCAAGCUACUUCCAGAAGAAAUCCUAGAUAACAGUACAGAAUUUAACGAAACCAAAUCCGAUGUGCACAUUGCAAACAGGUCCAGCGUAGAGAACAUUUCCGAAUCUGAGAGCCUAGAGCAAGACGGCGUACUGGUUGUAAACAUAUCUACUGACAACAUCCUCAAUUUGGACGAACUGUAUCCUUUUAUUCAAAUAUCAAAUGCCUCAAGGAAACAGGACGAAAAGACAAAUAAAAUCCAGAGCAACAGCCGAGAAAUAACAGGAGAUUCAAACAAUAUACAGUUCAAAGACAUACCAGAGAACGUGACGAUGGCUCCUGCUCCCACAAAUGGUUUUUUAUCGAACAGCGACCAAGACGACGAAAAGGAAAUCAAUAAAACUGAACGGGAAUUAAAAGUUAAGAAUAUUGAUUUAUUGAAACCCACAGAAAGCUUGCAAAAUUUGACUCUCGAGAAUCCAGGAAGAAGGAAUCGAAGAAGACGCAGACACGGCAAUCGAAGAAGACUAAGAAACAUAAGUUCGGGCGAAAGGAUUUCACCGAAUUCACUAAGCGAAGGACGCUCCUUAGACGACCAUUUCGCGAGAAAGAAGUUUUUUCGUCACCACAAGAGGCACAGCGGCAGCAAAGAGUACAGGAGCUCGGAAAGGAAACUCGAAGUACCGGAACACGAAUUUGAAGAUAAGUUCGAAGUGAAACCGCCGCCGAAAAAUCUAACGGAAUUCGAUCCGUUUAAAGACAUGGUCUUUCGGGACACCGAAGAAGAUUUAAUGAUGGCCGAAAGUAACCAGUACAAUUCCACCGGGCCUAAAAAGCGACACCGCACGAUCCGGGCCGCCACAAACCGUAAGGAACGUAUCUGGGACAACGGUGUCAUUCCUUACGAGAUAGAUGGAAACUUCAGUGGCGCCCACAAGUCAUUAUUCAAGCAAGCUAUGAGGCAUUGGGAGAAUUUUACUUGCGUCAAAUUUGUCGAAAGGGAUCCAGAAGUGCAUAAGGAUUACAUUGUGUUCACGGAACGGCCUUGUGGCUGCUGCUCAUUCGUCGGCAAAAGGGGCGCAGGCGCCCAGGCUAUAUCAAUUGGGAAGAACUGCGACAAAUUCGGCAUCGUGGUUCACGAGCUGGGCCACGUUGUCGGCUUCUGGCACGAGCAUACGAGGCCCGACAGGGAUAACCACGUGCAGAUCAUACGGGACAACAUCAUGCUCGGCCAAGAAUACAAUUUCAACAAGCUAACAGUUGAAGAAGUAAAUUCACUAGGACAAACGUACGAUUAUGAUUCAAUAAUGCAUUACGCACGAAACACGUUCAGUAAAGGAUCAUUUUUGGACACUAUCUUGCCGUUGGAGGUGCACGGAAAGAAACGACCAGAGAUCGGGCAGAGAAUCAAACUUAGCGCCAGUGACAUAGCGCAGACUAAUCUAUUAUAUAAAUGUGCCAAAUGCGGCAGGACAUUAUUGGGCAACUCUGGGUGGUUCAACUCGCCUGGCUGGGGAACCGAGCCAGCGCCCACAACACCAGAACGUUGCGAGUGGAGGAUCGUGGCUACUCACGGAGAAAGGGUCGUGCUCAAUAUCACUGAAAUUGACAUUCACAAGUCUGAAGACUGCCGUUCGGAGUGGGUUGAAAUACGAGACGGCUAUAUGCCCGACGCUCCAGUUUUGGGCAGGUUGUGCGGGUCCGGAAAGGGUCCUAUGAUGAGGUCUACUGGAUCAAGACUCACUGUGGUCUAUCAACCGGGCUUGAGGCUUAAGCCGCAUAGAGGAUUCCGAGCAUUCUACGAAGCCGUUUGCGGAGGUGAUAUAGAAGUGGAUUCGAAUGGACACCUCGAAUCGCCGAACUAUCCUGACGAUUACCAGCCUAACAAACUAUGUAUCUGGAAACUAUCAGUACCACAGGACUACCAAGUUGCUUUGAGGUUCCAUUCGUUCGAAGUGGAAAACCACGAUACAUGCUCCUACGACAAAGUCAAGGUCAGAGACGGCGAUUCAAUGGACAGUCCACUUAUCGGCAUGUUCUGUGGACAUAAGAUACCUCCCGAUAUAAGGUCCACAUCGAACAAGCUUCUGGUGAUUUUCGAGUCGGACAGCACAGUCCAGAAAGCUGGUUUUUCAGCCACGUUCAUGAAGGAAUUCGACGAAUGCGCUUCCAUCGAUCACGGCUGCAGCCACUCCUGCGUGAACACCCUCGGUGGAUACGAGUGCGCGUGCGACAUCGGAUAUGAACUCCAUUCGGACGGAAAGAAAUGUGAAAACGCAUGCGGAGGAGCACUCUACGGCCCCAACGGUACGAUCACAUCACCUUCCUUCCCCGAACUGUAUCCUCCGUUGAAGAACUGCCUCUGGGAGAUCGUGGCGCCGCCCCAGCAUCGCAUUACGCUGAACUUCACACAUUUCGACUUAGAAGGGAACCAUAUGUAUCAACAGGAAUGUGAAUAUGAUAGUGUAACAGUACAUUCGAAGCUAGGAGCUGAUGUGCUCAGGAGGCACGGAGCGUUUUGUGGGACCGCCUUACCACCACCGGUCACUUCGGAUGGAUCGGUUUUGAGAGUUCAGUUCACAUCAGACGGCUCGGUCCACCGGUCCGGUUUCGCGGCAGUGUACUACAUAGACGUGGACGAAUGCGCCGAGAACAACGGGGGAUGUCAGCACGAGUGCCACAACACGCUGGGAGGAUACGAGUGCGCCUGUCACAGCGGCUUCACUUUACAUCCGAACAAGCACGACUGCAAGGAAGGCGGAUGCAAGCAUGACGUUACAUUACCCCACGGAACUAUUUUCAGUCCGAAUUAUCCGGCCGCGUACCCAGCAAGGAAAGAUUGCGUUUGGCAAUUCUCUACGACACCCGGUCAUCGAAUUAAACUGAUCUUCAACGUCUUCGAAUUAGAGCCUCACCAAGAAUGCGCUUACGACCACGUCACGAUCUACGACGGAGCUUCGGCCGACGUAAAAACGCUCGGCAUAUUCUGCGGCAGUAAGCUCCCGCAUCUGGUCAUGGCAUCUCAGAACCAGAUGUACAUGGUAUUCAAGAGUGACGGCUCUGUGCAGAGAAAGGGAUUCUUGGCUACGCAUUCUACUGCAUGUGGAGGGUAUCUCUCUGCGACGGAAGAGGUGAAGCAUCUCUAUUCUCACGCGCGCUACGGAGACAACGCCUACGAGUCCCGGGCUGAUUGCGAUUGGAACAUCGAAGCUCCACGCAAUCACUUCGUUAAGCUCACCUUCCUGACCUUUGAGCUGGAGAGGGAAGCGAACUGCAGAUACGACUACGUCCAAGUGUUUGGUGGUUUGGGAGGAAGCGGCGGGAACUAUGGAACGUUCUGUGGUAUUAAGAUGCCACCUGAAAUCGUAUCAACCUCAGAGGCCUUACUAGUCAGAUUCCGUACCGACGAUUCCUUGGUCUUCAAAGGCUUUUCGGCAUCGUAUCAGAUGGUAAAACCGACUUGGAGCGACGAAGACAGCUUGGAAGGCGGAGAAUAUGAGGCUGAGGAGGAGGACGAGCGCAUGCCUCCCCUGGUGGUGGGGCGCAGGGGGCUCCGGACCCCGGUGGCGCGGUUCGUGCGGCGACCCACGUGACGCUGGCCGCUACCCCGCCACCCGAGACACAGGCGGCCGCAUCGCACCCUCAACAAUCGAUCUUAAUCGCGACGGAUUUAACGGUGUUGUCUGGAAUGCUUUUUUUUUUGGGAAUAUUUUGGUUUUUAUUGAAUUCGGUCAAGUUAGAUGCUCACAAAUUAACCGGAUAAUGUCCUAGCAUAACCCCUUGGGAGUAAAAUAACACUUUUAUUACUUUAUUACUGGUGGUAGGGCCUCUUGCGAGUCCGCGCGGGUAGGUACCACCACCCUGCCUAUUUCUGUCGUGAAACAGUAAUGCCUUCGGUUUGAAGGGUGGGGCAGCCGCUCUGACUAUACUUGAGACUUAGAACUUAUAUCUCAAGGUGGGUGGCGCAUUUAGGUCGUAGAUGUUUAAGGGCUCCAGUAACCACUUAACACCAGGUGGGCUGUGAGAUCGUCCACCCAUCUAAGCAAUAAAAAAAAAAACAUAAUAACUCGUUUUCUUGUAUGUUCGAGUGGAAUUCACUAAUCGAUUUAAAACUACACAUCUGAUCAGCUCAAGACUUGACAUUUGGACUAUUACGCGGAAUCGGAUAAUAACGCAAAAAAAAUGCGGAGUUUUUUUUUUGUUUUUCAAAAUGUGUUUUUUUUUUAUGAUUUACAUAUUUCUUAACUGCAUCACUAUAAUCCCAGAUGAUGCAAUAGGGAUGUUGUUAUUAAAAAAUAAUGUUUGUCAAUAGCGCGUGUAGCAAAUCUACAUGGCACAUAAAUCAAUUACAAGACAGCCAGAUUAGGAAGUAUUUGACUUGAUAUUUGAGUGUUCAAAUUGUUUUUCUUUGAAAAUUUCAUUUAUGUGCAUAAUAAUAUUGUAUGUAGUAGGUAUUUUGGUUUUUAUUUUUUAAUCAAUUUUUUUUUAGUUUGCUUUAUGGAGGGUAGAAGUAAGAAGGAGGAUAUAUAGUGUGCGUUGAAAGGGAACCAAUUAUGGUGGCGCCACAGUAGCAUGUGGAAAGAUUUAAAAAACAGCGCCAUAAACUAUUAGAGGCUCUUAAUAUUAAAUUAAGAAGGAAAGAAACACUUCCUACGUAAAUAGUAUUCAAAACAAAUAGUUGAGGUUGAAAAAUUACACGAGUCACGAAAAAAAAUUAAAUUUUUCAACCCAACACGCUUCACUCUGUUUCAAACUGCUAUAUUCAUAUCAUUUCCACCUUUAUAUACUAGUGCUAUAAUGGUGAGUUUGCCUUGAGUAUAACUUGCUGUUUACAGAUGGACACUUUUUGGAACGAAGUUCCUUAUGGUACGAUGCGGAGGGGUACCCUAACCGGGAAAAAACGUCCGUAACGUAAGAUUUUUAUUAGUAAUGCACACAGUGUACGACUUAACUUUGUAAAAACGUACAAAAAAUAACAUAUUUUUUUAUCAUUCAUUGACCACGAUCUCAGAGCGUUCGUUUGCGCAAUACACUAACUCUUAUGCAAACAACCGUGAAUGAAGUGUACCACAAUAAGUUCGCACGCUACCAAAUGACCCUGGGUUGUUGCGAAACCUCCAGUUUUAUUUUAUUUAUACCUCGAAUAGAACUUAAAAUUAUUAUUUUUAUAAUAAGGAACUUCGUUCCUAUCUAGUGUCCCACGACACCACACAUCUUUUUUUUAACUUGUCCCCUAUACAAGACGAUCCUCCUUACUUCUACCCUUCAUAGUUUGCGUUUGACAUUGAUGAGGUCAUUUCUCUCGCUAAGAAAAUUCACAAUUACGUUUGCGACUGAAUUAUGUAAAUAAGCGAUCGAUCGCUCCUAGUCUAGUUUAGGUACAUUACUUAAAUAAUCAUUUACCAAAGAUACUCGGGUUACAUAUUAAUUUAUUUUCAUCGCAAGCGCGAUCCAAAACAUUCGCGAUUUUUACCAAAGAAAAAUGUACCUACUUUAAUAUUCCAAUACUGCUGAUUUAUAAAAUAAUGUUAGUUUAUUAUAAACGCACAUACUCAAUAAUAUAAAUAAUAAUAAUAAUAUGCAUUUUAUUGUAAUAAUGUUUUUUUUUUGUAUGAAUCGUACGUAGCAUAGGAUAUCGUGACAAUAUGUAAUGAUAAGAUGUAAUAGUGUUUGUUAAAUGUUUAGGUGUUCAAUUCCAUAUCAAUUGAAUGUUAAUAUUAAUAUGUAUUGAUGUAUAAUAUCUCAUAUAAUCAACUAAGUAAUGAUCAUAGCCUUUAUGUUUUUUCAUCCAACUGAAAAAGAGAUAAAGACUUGUUUCUUUAACUGUUUUUCAGUUUUGAGCAUUUUUGCUAUUCGCAAUAAGAUUCAUUUUUCGAUGAAGCUUAGUGUGUUUUCUGUGGCUCUUAAUAUCAAUCAGCUAUCAGUCAUUUUUCUGUGCAAAACCAAAAAUAUAAACAAUAAAUAGCAAGAUGACCAUCCAAAAGCUGGAAAAACAGCAAAUAAAGUAGGAAAUUAUGCGCUCCAGUUUGAAAGUUGAGACAUCGGUUAAGCCAAUUAAUUGAGACUUCGGCCUCAUAUCUCAAAGUAGGCAUUCAAGUCGUAAUGUAUAGGGACUCCAAUAAGCACUUUACACAAUCUAUUAGAAACUUGUCGUUUUUUUUUGUAAAUUUAUUUGUAGAUUCGAAUUUGCCCGACAUUACGUGCUGUUGUAACUAAAGAAGCACAAAUGAACUAUUACUGUGUGCACCAACAAUCAUCUUCGUUUUCGGGAAACAUAUCGGAAUAUAAAAUAUUUUAUCAACCUACAUACGUCCACUAUUGGAUAUAGGCCAGCAAAACUCACCAUAAAUCGGUUUUAUUCUGCCAACAUCCAGUAAACAAAACAUUAUGUUCUUUAAUAAAAUUUGCGUAAUUACCUACUAGUAGUAAGGCAUUUUGUGAGCCCACACGGGUAGGUAUCACGACACUGUCUAUUUCUGUCGUGAAGCAGUACUGCGUUUCGUUUUGAAGGAUGAGGCAGCUGUUGUACUAUAAAACCGAGAAUUAAAACUGCCGUUUCAAGCGAUAUUUACACUGUCUAUGUGCUCCGGUAACCACUUAAUACCGGAUGAGUCGUGAGAUCACCCAAGCAAUAGCAGACCUACUAAGGUCCAGUGAUAGCCUUAUAUAAGGGUUACUUUUAUACCAUUGACGGGUUAACUGUGUUCCAGAGCCCAUAGAUCACAAUAUAAAUACCUUCACCCACAUUAAGACUAGGUUGUAGAUUCGAUUGCAGCAACAGCUCUCCGACUGCCUUGUUGCCUAAAUUGUUGAUUGGUAGGAAGCGGCUUGGUUCUGCCCCUGGCAUUGCUGAUGUCCAUGAGCGACGGUAACCGCUCACCAGCAGAUGGGCCGAAUGCUCGUCUACUUAAGCGGCAAUAAAAAAAUAAAACAUAAUGUUGGCACGAAUUAUUUGGCACUUUUAAAUUUUUUUUGCGGGUUUUGUUUUUGUUUUACAUAAUCCUUCAGCCACGGAAGAGCAUAGUGUAGAUGUUUUAGGAAAAUUGGUAUCUAUGUGAGGAAAUUUAAAUCCGGUAAAGUCACAUCGCUUGAUGCUAACAAAAUAAAAAAGAAAACACCACUAAUAGCAAAGUUAUAAAUGUGUCCAGUUUUCCUUCGUACUCUGUGGAUGUGUGUAAUAUGGCCCUUUUUUAAUUUUCGCGCCAAGCUACCAGUUGACCAUAGAGGUAAACAAACAUUUCAUAAAUAAUUACCUACACACAAAUGUAAUUGAAACAAUAAUUUUCUUAAGAGUUUAUUCACAAAAUGUUAGGAAAAUUAAAUUUAAGAAGUAUGCACGUUACAAGUACGUACCUAAUAUUGUAAAGAGCGCGCCAUUUUGUAUAUUUUUGGAACGAAGUUCCUUACGGCAGGCUUGGAGGAGAUAGGGAUUUUGCUGCACGACCGAACUGAAAAAAAUGUGGUAGUAAAAACCGUAAGAAAAAGUCCGUGGAAUAAGGCCUUGUUUUCCGCACAGCGAUAUUUCACCGUGCGAUUUUUUUCUCGUAAUUCUUUUUUUUUUUUAUAUGGAACUUCUUUCCUAUCCGGUGUCCCACGACACCAUACAUCUUUUUUAUCUAUAAUACCUAAUUAAUUUUGAUAGCUCUUAUUGCAUCGAUCAAAAUUCUUUCAUACAUUUAAUAUAAGUAUUUUAACAAUUAUGUCCAGGAAUUGUUAUGUACAAAAUUUUAUUGGGUGUUUUGCCUUAAACAAAAAUGGUUUUGCCAGAGAAUAAGACAGAAUUUCCAACAAUGCCUUCCAUAAAUGCAAUUUGGAUUACAUUACUGAUUUACUUAACCUAAUUCACUUCUUCCAUUAAGUUAGUCUGGAUGGUUCAUCAUAUUAAUUAAUUUAGGUACUUAAUUUAAAUGAUAGUCGAUAGUUUAAUAUAAUAUUUUGCCUUAAUACGAAUCUGAGGAUCGACCAUCAAAACGAACCUUAAUUGUGCUUAUUCCUACUUAAGUAUCAGUAUCUUAAAUUGCAAAAUUUCAGUCUACUAAACCGUUGCUACUCUACCAAAACGUUAUAAAACAACUCAAAAUUUACACAAACUCAAAAUUUAAGUAUAAUUGAACUUUGUUAGGUGUAAGCGCCAUUAAGUAACGAUUUAAUAGAUAACUUCAUUUUAGUGAAAUGUGUUCGAAUCAAGAGUCUCAGAUUUAUAGAAGAUUAAUUAUUUGUGCCAAAAAUCCACUUGUAGCCAAUGUUAAGUACUUAUAGCUACAUUAACAUUUUGUAUCUUAACAUAUUUAGGUAUACGUAUGUGUAAUGUAGAAACGUUAUUUUAUUAAAAGCCAACGAAAAUUCAAA